CGGCAUCGGCAUCGGCAUCGCGUGCGCCAGUGCCAAGCUAAAAUUCCCCAACUCGCGUCGCGUCCAGUGUGCGUGCUAGACCCCCGUCCCGUCCUCGUCGCGCGGCCCAAAAGCCCCGCACCCAACCCCCAGCCCGGCGAGCGAUGGAGGGGUCCGCGGCCGACGCGGAGCAGGAGCAGGAGCAGAAGCGGGCGGCGGCGGCGGCGGCGUACGACUACGAGGGCGACGCGCGCUGGGCCGACUACUGGUCCAACGUCCUCCUCCCGCCGAACCUCGCCUCCCGCCCCGACGUCGUCGACCACUUCAAGCGCAAGUUCUACCAGCGCUACAUCGACCAUGAUUUGGUCGUUGAGCCGAGGUCAUUCACUGGUUCCACUCAGCCCAGCAGGCCAGAUGUAAGGUCUUCGUCUUCGUCAUCCAGCGAGAACGUCAGGGCACGUAAUUCAGGAUCUACUUCGAGGUCAGCGCCUUCACCGCCGCCAACAACACAAACAGACAGUGCUGCCAAUCCUUUACGGUUCGAUGCACGGACUAUACAUUUCUCCAUCAACGCAUGGAUACUUGUGGUUUCUGGUCUGGGAAUGCUUCCUAUUUUGCCAAAACACCUUGCUGACCGAGCUUGCAAACUUUCACUGCUGGGAACAAUACUUUCGUCAGGAUAUUCUCUAUACAGCACUUAUGGGAAACCAAGAGCAUGGAACAUGCCAGCAAUUCAAGCUUGGUUGCAGUCUGUUCUUGCAACCAAGGAUUUUAUCCGUUUAAUGUUCUCUUCUAUGCUCUUCACAUCUCAAUUGCACUUGAAGAUUGCUGCACUACCUGUGCUUUGCUGGGCGCUUGAUCAUGUUGCCAGAUUCCUAAGGCGUAACUUUGCUCGAUCCUCUUUCUAUAGGCAAUACCUGGAAGAGCCUUGUCUUUGGGUAGAGACAAAUAAUACUACACUGAGCCUCCUUAGUUCAAAUGCUGAAAUUGCCUUGGGUUUUCUUCUGAUCAUAUCGCUGCUCUCGUGGCGCCGGAGCAUAAUUCAGACAUUCAUGUACUGGCAGGUAUUGAAGCUGAUGUACCAUGCUCCUGUGACAUCCAGCUAUCACCAGAGUGCCUGGGCGAAAAUCGGCAGAAUUGUGAAUCCGUACAUCCACCGCUACGCCCCAUUCCUCCAGACGCCCAUUUCUGCAAUCCAAAGAUGGUGGUUCAGGUAAAGAGACAGGCGGGUAAAAAAACAUGUAUCUGUUGCUGAAUCACUGAACCGCCUGGGUGGUUUAAGAUGGGCUACACAGAACAUAGCACAGCCUCCGCGUUCGUAUGUAAUGCUGCAGCAGUGCACUGUAUAAUAUAACAUUUGCGGGAUGACUGAUAUCCCAGAAUUCUGGAGGGCCUUAUCGUAACAAGAAGGUUUGCUGUAUGUCUGUAAACUAUGAGGUUGCAGGGAUGACCAUUGACCAACAAUGCUGAAUUGCAAUCCGUGGGCUAACGUAACUAUGUUCCAUGCUUUUCAGUCACACAA